AUGAAGUACUAUACUAUUUUGAUACUGCCUAUAUUAAUUGCAGAACAGUGUUAUGUGUAUGAACCAAUAAACUCUGAUAGCAUUGCUACUCUCACAUACACAAGUGGAACUACUGGAAAUCCGAAAGGUGUUAUGCUCACCCAUCAGAAUCUUUUGCAUCAGAUAAAAAACUUAUGGGACAUUGUACCUGCAAAAGUUGGGGAUAGAUUUCUAAGCAUGCUCCCACCUUGGCAUGCAUACGAAAGAGCUUGUGAGUAUUUCAUUUUCACAAACGGUAUUCAGCAAGUAUACACAAACAUGAGGAAUCUAAAGGUUUCUGAUAUUUUGAGUGGGAUCAUGAAGCAGAUAACUACAAGUUCUGCUGUUAGAAAGCUUGUAGCACUAACAUUCAUAAGGGUCAGCUUAGCAUACAUGGACUAUAAGCGUAUUUAUGAGGGUAAAUGUCUGACAACGAAUAAGAAGCAGGCCUCCUACGUCUAUUCAAUGAUGGACUGGUUGUGGGCCAGAAUUAUUGCCGCACUACUAUUUCCAGUUCAUAUUUUGGCAAAGAAACUUGUUUACAAUAAAAUCCAUUCAGCUAUUGGAAUAUCAAAGGCCGGAAUAAGUGGAGGUGGUAGUUUGCCGUGGGAAGUCGACAAGUUUUUUGAGGCAAUUGGUGUGAAAGUUCAAAAUGGAUAUGGUUUAACAGAAACUUCACCUGUUAUUGCUGCUCGACGACCUGAAUGUAAUGUUCUUGGAUCUGUUGGGCAUCCAAUCCAUCAAACAAAAUUCAAAAUCGUAGACUCUGAAACUGAUGAAGUUCUUCCACCUGGUUCAAAAGGAAUUUUGAAAGUCAAGGGUCCCCAAGUGAUGAAAGGAUACUUCAAGAAUCCUGUAGCUACAAGUAAGGCCUUAGAUGGGGAUGGAUGGCUGGAUACUGGUGAUUUAGGGUGGAUUGUUCCCCAUCAUUCAAGUGGACGGAGUCGGCACUCCAGUGGUGUGAUUGUUGUGGAGGGUCGUGCUAAAGACACUAUAGUGCUUUCAACAGGCCUAGAAUUAGAAGUUGUUGUUGCAACUACUUGCCCUUGA